CUUUGUCUUACCACACACACACCCACACACACUCAAGCAACUUUAAAAAACCUUUUUUAUUAUUUUUAGCAAAGUACUUGCUCGCAAGGACAAAACACCAAAUAUGAUGACACAAAAGAAAUUCGUUGGUUGUAUUUUGUCAGCAGCGUUGCUGUGCUUGUGGUUGGUCUCAUACGCAGAGGCAGCACCCAUGCCAAGGUAUCAAAGUAAUGGAUACUACAAUGAAUUAGAAGAAGUACCGGAUGACAUACUAAUGGAAUUAAUGGCACGUUUUGGACAAACUAUAAUGAGAGCUCGCAAUGAUUUGGAAAAUUCUAAACGUACCGUUGACUUUGGUUUAGCACGCGGCUAUUCCGGUACCCAGGAAGCGAAACAUCGUAUGGGUCUGGCUGCGGCUAAUUUCCCCGGUGGUCCAGGCCGAAGGAGACGUUCGGAAACCGAAGCUUAAGGUGAUUAUCACACACAGUCUACUUUUAGCAACAGCUCCCCCCGACACCGAGAAAACGAUUAAACCACUUCCGAACAAUAAAAUUGAAUUAAGA